GAGCUGACCUCCGGCUAACGCAUGAACUUGUUAGGAUUAUCGCAGUUAGCCUGGUAGGCUAAUGCUAGCUAGCGUGCUAGGCUAACGUUAGCAGGACAGCUAGGGCUCACUAAUCUCUUGAAUAAAUACAAUAAAAACGGUAUAGCUAACAUAAGUGGCGCUUGUUUGUCUAUGCUCUACUAGUAUUUUAAGUUAUUUUAGACAUUUUUUCUGUAAGGUUUUUACAGUGGUUUCGAUUUUCGUUGUGUAUGAUUUCAGUAUGUUGUAAUCGCAACUCCCCAUAGCUGUAUCAAUUACACGCUAGCUGUAGCCAGCUAACCUUAACUGUAGAGGUGACGUUACUUAAAAGUUGAGCUGUUUCGACUACCCUUAUCAUGCGACUCGUUUUGCCGUUAUAUCGUACAGUUUGUUGAAGGGCUCGACAAGCUGAUAGUGUUUUACUGUGACUUGUUUAGCCUGUUUUAACGUGAGGCUGUGGGGUGUUCAGCCACUUGAGACCAUGCAGUCACAAGGACAAACCAGGCAAAGCGCGCUAACUUGCUGAUAAAACUUCAGUGUCAUUAGAAACUAUGAAACAACUCUCCCAAGAGUCUUCGCACUGUUUGCUAUAUUAGACGCCACUUCUUUCUACAUAUCAAAUCAAUGGCUUUAAUCCUAAAGCUCUGUUACUACUGUAGCUCUGUAAUUACUGUAACUUAAAAUGUGGAUAAUCCUUAGCGAGGUUCUGAUGUGGACAUUUAGGUUACUGACUGGAGCGACAGCAAAGUGCCACGUUAUUCUGCAUCUUUAUUGCUUAUCAUGAUACCACCUGAAGAAUCAACCUGAAAGGAUUUCAUGCUCUACGAUUAAGCAAUCUUAACAAGACUUUAGGUUAGUUAUCAAACUCAACAGGGUCUGUCUUGGAUCCCUGACAGCAACUAUAUUUUAUUUAUAUCACAGCGGCUGCAGACACUCAUGGCAGCACAAUCUGAACACUUACUGAAUAAAUACGCCCACUCCUAUAGUAUAACUGGUAAACAAACGCCUACUUUGACCUGAAGGCUUUGAGCUUGUUUUGCUUUAAUGGAAUGAAGGGAUAAUACAGCAUCUUUCCCGUGUCCCAGUCACUAUCUAUCACUAUCUAUCUAUUUAUCACUUUCCCUCUCUGUUACCUAAGCUCUUUCCUAGCAGUCCAUUUUCUUCCCUUGGUUUCCACGCUUUCAUUUCCCCAGUAAAGGUAGUCCUGUACCAAGACAAAGGUUGCACCACUUUGCAAGCCCAGUGCCCCUUUUGUUGGAUAAUCUUACUUCUUUGACCUCAGUGGGGGGGUUUGAUAGGGCUCAGCCCACUUAAGGACCCCCACUUUCUCAGCUGAGGUACACUAACCCUCAGGGAUGUGAAAAGAAGCCAGAAGAGGUUGAGUGGAAAAGCUCAAAGACACCACCAUGCCCUGGGAGGGUCCCAUUUCUCAGCUCACCAUGGUCACCAUGGUGAUAUGAAGCCAGUGUGAAGCGUUGACACUCACACACAGACUCACACACAGACGGUCAGUUAUUGACUGACACAGCCAGCCAGCCAGUUCGGCCGGCAGGCGUGUGUAAUGGACAGGUGUAAGCAUGUGGGGCGGCUGCGGCUGGCCCCAGACCACUCCAUCCUCAACCCCCAGAAGUGGCACUGCGUGGACUGCAACACCACAGAGUCUAUGUGGGCCUGCUUGGGCUGUGCUCAUGUGGCGUGCGGACGUUACAUCGAGGAACAUGCUCUGCAGCACUUUCAGCAGCAGCACCACCCGUUGGCUAUGGAGGUUAAUGAACUAUAUGUUUUUUGUUACUUGUGUGACGACUAUGUCCUGAAUGACAACGCCACCGGAGACUUGAAGCUGCUUCGGAGUACGCUCAGCGCCAUUCAGAGCCAGCGCUAUGAGGUUACCACCCGCAGUGGGCGCACCCUCCGCUCUGCUAGCGCUGCCCCUGACGCCGUCAUGCCAUCCGGUGCCCGCGAGCUGCAGCUGAGGGACGAGGACAGGAUGUUUACUGCGCUCUGGCACCGCCGCAGGGCGCUUAUGGGACGUGUCUUCCGCUUCUGGUUUGGACUGACUGAAUGUGGAAAGAAGAGGGAGGAAGAAGAGAGAAAGAGGGAGGAGGAGGAAGAGCAAAAAAGGCAGGCAAGGGAGAGGAGGCGUGCUAUAAAGAGGCAGCUACAGGAGGAGCUGGAGAAUGCCCCUCUCAGGAAGAGUCGCCGGUUACGUUGGAAGAGCCAGAGAGUUGCACAUACGGCAGUCACAACACCAUCUCGGAGUGCACGCAACAAGACAAAAACCCCUGCGCCCCCGUCUCUCACCCGCAGGCCAAGGACUCGAAGCCCUGCUACUGCUACCCCCACGAAAGCAGGGCGGACAAAAAAGGUCCAACCAACUUCCAAACCUCGGAGCCGUUCUUCUACCACCAAAUCUAAACCCAAAACGCCCUCAGCGACCCCCUGUUCUGCCCAAACACCUGUUCGCCGCAAGCAGAGUACCAAACAGGGUGGCUCACCUUUCAAACGGCGUCCCACAGUCACUCCUGGAGUGACGGGCCUGAGGAAUUUAGGCAACACCUGUUAUAUGAACUCCAUCCUGCAGGUGCUGAGCCACCUGCAUGUCUUCAGGGAGUGCUUUCUGCGCCUGGAUCUGACACAGGCACUGGAGCUACUGGCAUCUGCUGUCCACGGCCAACUGGCUGGGAAGGCCUCGCAGUUUCCCCUGACCCAAAGGAAGGGACUCCAGGCCAGCUCAGGUUCUGGGGCAGGGCUGAGCGGCGGGGCCUCACGGACCCGCAGCAUGGAGCUGAUACAACCCAAAGAGCCCAGCUCAAAGCACAUCUCUCUCUGCCACGAGCUGCACACCUUGUUCCAGGUUAUGUGGUCUGGCAAGUGGGCGCUGGUAUCGCCUUUUGCCAUGCUCCACUCGGUGUGGCAGCUGAUCCCGGCGUUCAGGGGCUACGCUCAGCAGGAUGCUCAGGAGUUCCUGUGUGAGUUGCUGGACAAGGUGCAGCACGAGCUGGAGAGCACCGGAAAGCACACAACCACUGCAGGAGUCCCACAGACACAGAAACGACUCAUCAAGCAGGUGCUCAGUGUGGUCAACACCAUCUUUCAUGGCCAGCUCCUCAGCCAGGUGACGUGCCUAGCCUGCGACCAUCGCUCCAACACUGUGGAGCCUUUCUGGGAUCUGUCUCUGGAGUUCCCUGAGCGGUAUCACAGUAAUAGCAGGGAGUCGGCUGCUCAGGCUUCAUGCCAUUUGACGGAAAUGCUGGCCAAGUUCACAGAGACUGAAGCACUGGAGGGAAACAUCUACGCCUGUGACCACUGUAACUCUGCUCGACGACGGACCUCCUCCAAACCAGUCCUCCUGACCCAAGCUCAAAAACAGCUGAUGGUCCACAAACUGCCUCAGGUCCUGCGGCUUCACCUCAAACGCUUCAGGUGGUCUGGACGAAACCACCGGGAGAAGAUCGGAGUCCACGUCAGCUUUGACCAGCUUCUCGACAUGGAGCCAUACUGCUGCAGAGAGCCCUCACCCAAAGUUGUGCCCUGCUCCAGUCCCAGCAGCCCCAGCUCUGCAGGCUCGCUGCGCCCCAAGCACUUCCUCUACGACCUCUCCGCUGUGGUGAUGCAUCAUGGGAAGGGCUUCGGUUCUGGCCACUACACCUCUUACUGCUACAACACAGAAGGAGGCUUCUGGGUUCACUGUAAUGACUCUAAGAUGAAUGUGUGUUCGGUGGAGGAGGUGUGUCGUGCUCAGGCCUACAUCCUCUUCUACACACAGCGAGUAACUCAGGACAAAGACCGGCCGCUAUAGGACCACAAUCCCCUGAACCCCCCUCCUCCUCCUCAGCUGCAGCCUGACGACUCAGCGAGAAGAUAUCAGCACAGCCCCACCUAUCACUCUUUCUCUCUUUCUUUGGGCAUUUUAUAUCCUGGGAGGAUGGGUCUUUUAGUCUAUUUUUCUAAAUAAGGAAAAAAAGAAAAAGAGAGGAAGGACUCCUUUUUAAAAACUGGUUCUGCUUUGUGAACUUCUUGUAUAUGGUGUUUAUAUGUAGGUUUUUCUCUUUUUAAAAAAAAAAAUGGUGAUGUUUGUGAUUUGUGUACAGGUGUAUUUUAUAAAGAAAAGAGUAUCAGCCAAGAUGUGUCUCAGUAGCAGCCAACAGACUGGCCAGGGCACGACUACAAGUGUCCUCUACAGGUCGUACAGGUGUAUUCAAGGUGUCUGCCAACCUGCAUCUGGUGGCUUGUUGAUUGUUCGUUUUGUUUAAAUCAACUGAAAUGUUUCUCAGUCACUUUAGAUAGUCGUCGCAGAACUGGAUGUAGGCUUGUAAAAUGUCAUUCACUCACUAGAAAUGGCCUACCUGUGUUCUAGACAGGUAAAGUGUUGAUUAGAUGUUAACAAAGGUGGCCACUUUCCUGUCAGAAAUGCACUAAUUUCUACAGAAUAGGUUGUCAGCGUUGUUUUUAACUCAGUGUUGGUUCAUCGUUAAAAUAUCUGUACACAAGCAGAGCAGGAAGUUUAUUUUUCACUCUGAAGUACUCGUAAGUCUGUCAGGAAAGAUUGGCAGACCUCAAGCCAAAGCCCUGGAGGUGUGGAAAAACCUCUCAGCAUUUCCAAAACAUUUGCUUGGUGUUUUUUAAUUUUUAUUUCACUGAGGGGGGGCGGAAAGUUUCCAAAGGAAUGGGUUUUUUUUGGCUAAAUGCUGCCACCUCUCUACUCCAGAAUGUAAUUGUCUCCCGAGUGUGAACCGUCCCCAACUAGACAUAACUAGUGUACUAUAAAAGUGCCCUUUUGUUGAGAAAGCAGAUAUAUUUUUAUAGUUCAUAUCAAUUCAGCAAAGUGGAAUCUGCACAGCUGCAGUCCCACCCAGACCAGCAUUUAAAUUAUGAAUGUAUUUUAUAUACAAUCCUUCUCAGAGGUUUAAGAAAAGAGGCCAUUGACUUAAACUUUUAUACAACCGCUGAUUGUUCAACACCACCAGCAGUUAUGACAGAUUUUACUGUUCUCCCAUUAUUAAGUAGGUGUGUGUACUGUAUGUGUACAUACUGUAUUUUAUUUACCAUCUGUUCAGUACAAUAUCCAGAUUUAACAGGAUUUCUGCAGUGUAUACAGAUUAUAAUAUUUAUCUCCAUACUGGAGAAAAUUAUACAAGGAAAAAAAGGUAUUCUCCACCUCAACCAUGUUCCGUCUGAUUUCUCCAUCAGACGGGAGUUCAAAGCACACUUCAUAUUGUUUUUCCUUUAUUGUCAGAUGUCUUGACACAGUUUGUUGGCAUUUUGGUUAGUACUCCAUGGAUGGAUGCGUGUGUGUGUGCGUGUGCGUGUGUGUGUGUGUAAAUGUUAUAAUAGUUAUACUAUGCAAAUUGUUACCUCAAUUUUUUUUCUGGAGAAAAUUACCUCAAUAAAUGAGAAUAUUUUUUCAUUUUUCUA